AUGAACUGGCUCCGACAGCCGGACGCCGAGUACUUUUCGCGGGCGCUGGACGAGGACCUGGCGGCGGCGGCGGCGGCGGCGGGCGCCGCCAUCGGCGCGCCGGCGGGCACCGCGGCGCUCGUGGAGAACGCGACGGUGGCGACGGCGAUCGCGCUCCACCGAUGGCGCGGCCGCGGCGCGGCGCUGCUCCUGUCGUGCGCCUACGGCGGCGUGAAGCGGGCGGCGCGGGCGCUCCUCGGCCCCGAGCACGUCGUCGAGGCGCCCGUGCCCUUCCCCGGCACGACGCACGCGCGAGUGCUCGAGGCGCUCGACGCCGCGCUCGACCGCGAGCGGCCGCGGUUCGCGCUGUUGGACCACGUCGCGUCCCAGCCCGCGCUGCUCCUGCCCGUCGCGGACAUGGUCGCCCUCUGCCGGGCGCGCGGCGUCGAGGAGGUCGCCGUCGACGGCGCGCACGCCGUCGGCCAGGUCGACGUCGACGUCGAGGCCAUCGGCGCCGACUUCUACUACUCGAACAUCCACAAGUGGGCCUUCGCGGGCCCGACGGCGACGGUGCUGCACGCGCGCGACGGGCGCGCGGCGCACGUGGUCCCGUCCUGGAACGCGGGCGAGGGGCUCCUCGCCGACUGCCGCUGGACGGGCACGCGCGACUACGCGGCCAUGCGCGCCGCGCCCGUCGCGCUCGACUACCUGCGGACCUGGCGCUCCGCGGACGGCCUCGACGCGCGGACCUUCAACGCGCGGGGCCUCCGCCGCGCCGCCGCGGGCCUCGCCCGCGCCUGGCGCGUCGGCCCGGCCUGCGACGAGGCGGACUGCUUCGCGAGCAUGGGCAUGGUCCGCCUCCCCGCGGGCCUGGACAUGGCCCUCGACGCGCCCGGCGUGCCCGCCGCGCCGGAGAGCGUCCGGUCGCGGCUCCGGGACCGGUACGGCGUCGAGGCCGCCGUCGGCGGCUUCCGCGAGGACGACGGGUCGCUCGGCGGCUUCCUCCGGCUCUCGCACGCGGUGGUCGUGCGCGGCAAGGAGGCGCCGCUCCCGUUCAAGGGCGUGUCCGGCGCGGGCAUCGGCGGCAAGGCCUACUUCUUCGGCGGCUACGGCGGCGGCUACUCGGACGAGACGCACAUCGUGGACGCGUCGGACCCGCGGGAGCCGGAGUGGAUCCUGCUGGAGGUGACGUCGUCGACGAAGCCGUCGCGGCGCGCGUACCACAGCACCUUUGCGUACAAGAGCUCGCUCUGGGUCUUCGGCGGCGUCGGGACCAAGGGCUACAACAACGACGUCUGGCGGCUCCAGCUGAAGAACGACGAGGGCACCGAGGGCCACUGGCUCAAGGUCGACGCCGUCGGGCACGUGCCGCGGAAGCGCCAGGGCCACACGGGGACGGUCGUGGACACGACGUUCGUCGUCGUCGGGGGCUACGACGGCUGCGACUACCUCAACGACGUCCACGCGCUCAACCUCGAGACGCUCAUCUGGUGGCGGUGCUGCACGGGCGACUCGCCGAACGCGCCGUCGCCCCGGAGCGGCCACGCGGCGGCGGCCGCGCCCCUCGACUGGGACGCGGUCUUCAUCUUCGGCGGCUUCGGCGGCGACGGCUGCGUCGACGACUUCGUCGCGUGCCUCGAGAUCGACCCCCUCGCGGGCACGGCGAGCUGGGAGCCGCCGAAGACCGCGGGCGUCGCGCCGUCCGCGCGCUACGGCAGCUCCGCGGUGACCUUUGGGACGUCGAUCUACGUCUUCGGAGGCACGGGGCCCGUCACGGGCGCGGGCCGGCGCGGCGUUUUUCCCCCCGCGAAUGAUGUUUCGCGCGCGAGCGAAAGCAGAAUCCGCCGCUCUCGGUAG